GGUAAUUGUAAAACAAAAGCAUUGCGAUUGAAAGAAUCUACAGAAUAAUGUUUAAUGUAGUCUUGACCAGUAAUUAUUUAUUGUUACAUUAUUUAAUGUUUUGUAAAUAAACAUUUGUUUGAUAAUUUUUAAACACCUGCAUUUAUAAUUACUGAAAUUCAUUAUAAAAUAUUAUGAUGAAAAUAUAAUGUCGUCAUAUUGUAAUGUGUAAAAUAAAUUCACCAAUGAUCGAUUAUGAUACGAAAAUACAAGGGGGCGAGCAUGUGCACAACGUUAAUUCAAUAAAUAUAACCUACAAAUUUAAAAUAUUUGAAAAACAAAUGUUUAUAAGUAAGUUUUGAUAUUAUUUGAAAGACAUAUUAAUUAAAAGGCAUUGGAAAUGAACUUGUUGCCAAAAUCUAAAGAGGAAUUUAGCCAAAAGGAUUAUUGGAAUGAAUUUUUCAAGAAGAGAGGUAAUGAAGCAUUCGAAUGGUAUGGAGAAUACAAUGAAUUAUCCUUGCAUCUUCAUAAAUAUAUUAGAAAACCGGAUAGUGUUCUUAUUGUCGGAUGUGGCAAUUCUUCUUUAGGCAAGGAUUUAUUUGAUUUGGGUUAUAGGAAUAUCACGAAUAUUGAUAUAUCGGAUGUAGUUAUAAGACAGCUGCUUUCCCAAAUAGGAAAUAGAGAAAAUUUAAAAUAUUUACAAAUGGAUGCCUUGAACAUGACCUUUGAUAAUGAACAAUUUAGUGUGAUUCUUGACAAAGGUACUCUAGAUGCUCUAAUGCCUGACGAUUCUGAAGAGACCAUAGAAAAAAUAAAGAAAUAUUUUGAUGAAAUAAGCAGAGUAUUGAAAAUCGGUGGAAGAUAUAUCUGUAUAUCUUUGCUUCAAGAGCACAUUUUGCAAUUCUUAUUAAAGUAUUUUUCAUUAAACAAUUUUAUGUUUAGAAUAGUGAGAUGUUUUGAGGCGGAAAUUAAGGCAGCUGAUAAUGGACAAAAUCCUAUUCCUGUUUUUAUUGUUGUUUGUACCAAAUUCAAAACGUUGACACAGAAGGUGUUGGAAAUAAAUUUAGGUCCGAUGGAUAAAAUGCAGAGAUGUAACAGCGACAAUGAUGUUAUAUCACAAAUUACGAAUGCUCAGAAUGCUGCUUUCAUUUGCUCAUCAUUAAAGAGAACUUCAAUUGCUGAUAAAAAUGAAGUAGUAUUUGAUCUGUUUGAACAAGGUUCAGUUAAACCUAGAUUUACUGUUUAUGUAGUAGACAUUCCCCCUCAAAGAAAUUUUUCGCAAUAUGCAGCAUUUAUUGUGCCAGAAGGAAGGGAAGUCGAAUGGUUGUUUUCCACACCGAAUGGAAGGAAGAAAUUAGUGGAAGUCACGAAACAUAACAGAUUGUCGAUUAUUACCCUUCAUAGAGAUCAAAAGUAUGAAUCGUUUGAAGCAAUCCAAACAGAACUUACAGACGUAGUUUGCAAUUUAGCGCCAUCGAACUUGAGAAAUAAAAUGGUAGCUUUUCUUUCAUUGGGAUCUGAUGUAGGUCAUCGAAUAGUAAGAUACAAGGGUCAUUCUGAUUUAUCUGGAGAUUUUGUGAUAGAAGAUGUCAUAACAGAAAACAAUGAAAAAUAUAGACGAUUAUUUUAUAUGAGUUCCCAAUUAGUGAUACAAUCAGAAGCGAAAUUGAGAAUAAUAAAAUCUAGAAAGGGAAUUAUGAAAGAAACUGUAGAUUUGGUACAUUUGACAUGUAGACAUCACGUUUAUAUGUCGAUAGCUACUUAUUUAGCUUGUAAUAAUAAAACGAAAGCCAAUGUUACUGUUAUAGGUUUGGGAGGCGGUGGUUUAUGUUCCUUUCUGCAUAAAUUUUUACCUAAAAUUAAUAUUUGUGGUGUUGAUGUCGACAAAGAUAUGCUUAAAGUGGCUGUAGAUUGGUUCAAUUUUAAAGAGGAUGAUAAACUUAAAGCUGAAAUACAAGAUGGUUUAGUAUAUAUUAGAGAAAUGGCAAAAAAUGGGAAAACAUUAGAUGCUCUUCUUUUUGAUGUCGAUAGUAAAAAUCAUGCGAUUGGAAUGAGUUGCCCUCCACAACAGUUUAUGACUAAAGAAACUUUGAAAAAUGUUGUGAAAAUCGUUGAUGAUGAAGGUAUUUUCGUUGUAAAUGUGGUGUUGAGAGAUAACCAGCUCCGACCAGGAGUAUUGGUCAAUUUGAAAAAUCACUUUAAAAACGUUUUUAGCUACAAAUUGCAGGAAGAUCUGAACGAAAUAUUCAUCUGUUCAAAUGGCUCUAUAGAAACGGAUAAACUUAAAGAUGCUUCCUAUGAAUUGAAUUCUUUUUUCAAAAAACACGGUUUAAUUGAAAAUGGAGUUGAUACGGAUAAAUUUUUACAUUCGCUAGUCGCUCAAUCGGUGGUUAUUUAGAAAAUAAUUUUUACUUAAUAUCAUUUAUUUGAUUCGUGUACAACUGUUUUAGAAGAAACGUUUUCUUCUUGUCUAGAAUAAAAGUUUUCUUCGGC